AUGGAGAGGAGUGAGAAGCCAAAAGGUGGAUCAACGAGCAAAGAAGGCAACAAUGGUGGAAGCAACAGUGCCAAGGGAAUAGGACGCAUUGCAAUCGAUGCUGCAAGGCAGGCGGGUGACGCCAGCGGAGGAGAGAAAAUGCUUGGGGUGUUGUGUGUACUAGUAGGUGCCCACGGCGCUGGGAGCAGCGAUACCAGUGGUGCUGGUCUGGGAGGCCCUUUUGCAUUAACUUGGGUGACAUCCCUAACGCGCCAGAUGGGUAUGAGGACCACGGGUGGCGACGGUUUCAUCGGGCCUAGAGCAAGCUCACGUAGUGGCAAUAAUAGCAGGAAAACCCUGUGUGUAGGAGGCGACGUCAGCAGGAGGAAAGUUUACACCCUUGAAGGCAGCGGCGCCAGAGGGAAGGGGGCGAUGCCUUGGAUGUUGGGCGCUGUUCUUGGGCCAGGCCAAGGCGACGUCUCAGGCCACGCUGCUACUGAUGACGAAGAUGGCAUAGGGGACACAUUGAGCAACGCCUCAGGCACUGACGACAUGUUGGGCGGCACCCCAAGCUUUGGCGAUGCUGCAAGCGCUAGUGUAGACAAGCGCAGGGUUCUGGGUAGUGACUUAGGCAAGUGA